CGAGGGGCAAGAGCAAUGCUGAACUUGGCGACGUGAUCCCGUCGAGUGUGCAGCAUUAAAGACAUCCUGGCCAUCAAAUGGAGGAGCAGAGUGCAGUUGGAGAUGAAGCAGAGAGGGCGGCUGCAGGCACAGGCACAGGCACAGGCCACAUGGCCAAAGGGGACACUCCAAGCAUAUGCACAGUGAGCCUUUUUGCUGGUGACAAUCCCCUCAUUGGAGAAGCGGUUCUUCCCCUAGACCCUUCAAGAGACGAUGUGUCUACUGCAGCCAGUGGCAGUGUGGAGGAGCAAAGUGUCCCUGGAAGAGAUUCACCUGUAGUCAGUGUACGGUCCAAGAUAAGUUACCGGUCCAUGAAACCUCCAUUGACAUUAACACAGGAACUGAAAAAAUCCCAGACAGCAGAGUGUCCAGCAGUUCUCUGUGAUGUUUGCCCCAAGACGGCGAUUAAAUCCUGCAUGACCUGCAUGGCCUCCUUCUGUGGGGACCAUGUAAAGUCUCACUACACCGUCCCAGCUCUGCAGAGACACAGGCUGGUGGAGGCCACUGAAGACCUGGAGCAGAGGCUGUGCCAACGUCACAACAGAGAACUGGAGCUGUACUGCACCACUGACCAGACUGCUAUAUGUGCUCUAUGUGGGGUAACGGAGCACAGUGGACAUUGUAUAACAGACUUUGAACCCGGAAAAUGCAAGGUACAGGAGAGGAAGGAAGCAACAGCAGAUGCACCUCCUGCUGUGACGGACCUUUGUGUCAAGUCCAACAUUCCUCCUCCUGAGAAUCUGAGCUGUGUUGAGACGGGUCUGACAUCGCUGUCGGUGUCUUGGAGUGAACCAGCUGGAGUGGACCAUGCCUCAUACCUGCUGACCCUCUACGCUGAUAGAACAUGUCUGUGGGCAACUACUGUCAGCUCCCUUCAGCACAGCUUCUCUGGAUUGGACAUCGGGAGGGAGUACACCAUCAGUGUCUCCACUGUGUUAGAAAACAGGCAAAGCUCACCUGUCUGUACCUCCAUCACAACACCCUUUCCAGUACCAGAGGAUGUGAUUGUGGGUUCAGUGACUCCAACAUCUGCAGUUCUCAGCUGGAGCCUACAGCAGGGGAUGCAGCAGAUUCCACACAAGUUCCUGUUCUACUACUGCAGUAAAGGGACUAAACCCCAGACCAUCUCUACAGAGUCAUGCAGCGCGACUCUUACAGGCCUGCAGCCAGACACUCGGUACACUGCCAGUGUUUACUGUGAGCUUGAAGACGGGAGAAGAAUGGAAGCUUCUUCAAUCAUUAUUUUAACAGCUGUGCCUACUCCUGGGCCCAUUGAGGUCACCUCAGUGACGCCAGACUCUGUGUGCGUGUGCUGGGGACCUCCUGUGGGGUUCCCUGGACCCCAUACAUUUAGGGUCGCAUGGCGGCCAGGUGACACCAUCGAGGUUCAAGAAAUGAAACUACAGGUCAAAAACCUCUACGCAGGACACACCUACACGUUCACUGUGGCCACAAUCGGAAACAGUGGCCGGCAAAGUCCAUGUGUCUCUGCAACCAUUACCACAGGUAUCCCCCCGCCCGAGGAGCUCACUGCAGUGACGGGGGUUGGAUCAGUAUCAGUGACAUGGAGGGAGCCAGUGGCAGUCCACCAGGCAUCGUACCUACUGAAACUCCACGGUGGUGGGAGAUGUCUGGAGACCACGUCUGUCCAGUCUCUGCAGCACAGCUUCCAUGGCCUGAGCGCUGGCAGAGAAUACUACAUCACGGCCUGCACCGUAGUGGGCGACAGGUGGAGCAAGCUGGCAACCAUUACCAUCAGAAUGGGUAGCCUUACUCCCACGGACUUGUCUGUGGCUGUGGAUCGAGCAGGACCAGGUGACCAGUGGAAAGCGGAUCUCAGCUGGAGCCUACAGCAGGGGAUGGACCAAGGUCCACACAAGUUCCUGAUCUCCUACUGCAGGGAAGGGGCUGAACCCCAGACCAUCUCUACAGAGUCCUGCAGCACAACCCUUACAGGCCUGCAGCCAGACACUCAGUACACUGCCAGUGUCUGCAUUGAUACCCAUAGUGGAGCUGGAGCGAAGACUGCCACUGUGUCUACCACUUUCCACACAAGUGAGUGGAGGAUUGUGCUUCUUGGCAAAUCCGGGGACGGGAAAAGCAGCACCGGCAACACCAUCCUGGGAGAGGAGGUCUUCGAAGUGAAGAGUUCACCGUUUGCUGUGACCAACAUGUGUGAAGCCCGCAGCAGAACAGUCAACGGCAGGAAGAUCACCCUGAUAGACACCCCGGGAUUCCUCGACCCCACGACGGAGAACAGGAUCAAGUACGAGAUAGGCAAGUGCCUGACGCUGAGUUGCCCAGGACCUCACGCCUUCAUCCUGGUGCUGAAGGUGGCUCGCUUCACAACAGAAGAGGAGGAGGUCAUCAACAAGACUGUGGAGCUGUUUACACGCAGGGCUUUUAGACACUCAUUGAUCAUCUUCACCCAUGGGAAUGACCUGCAGGGUCAGACCAUUCAGCAGUUUGUAGGGGAGAGUAGUCCAGUCACGCCAAGCCCUCAGGCAGCAUCCUCAGCUCCACUGAAGAACCUAGUUGACAAAUGUGGUGGCCGCUACCAUGUCAUAGACAAUUUUUACUGGAAGGAGAAAAAGGAGGGUGAAUAUACCAACGUAGGGCAAAUAGAGAAGCUGUUUGACACCAUUGGAGAGAUGGUGCAGAGGAAUGAAGGACGAUAUUACACAGAAGGCCAUGCGGCAGAGGGAAGAGGCCCGUCACAGGGACUUAGAGGGAUGCUUAGCAAACUAUUUGCUCUGGGGAAGUUGUAUUCUAAACUUCCCUAAUAUUGCCAAAAACUCCCCCCACCAAAAACAAGAAUGCUUUAGAUAUUACUCAGUAGAGAUAACACGGUAAUCCCAGUUAGAUCUCGAGCACAUCCAAUUCCGUUUUUGUGCAGGGCCAAAGCUUAAAGUUCAUGGAUAGUCAAAUUACUGAAGAGUAGAGUCACACGUCGGUGUAAAAUUCUGCAGAUGACCAGUGCAAUUGCAACCCUACAGUUCGUAGUAUUUACACAUUAUUGAGCAGAAUUAACCCUGAAAAUGUUUAAAAGAGUAUAAGUAACAAUAUUUUUAUAUAACAUAUAGAACAGUAUUUUUUAUAUACUAUAUUAACACUGGCAUUGUCACUGUGUGGGAUCAGAGUAUGCAGAGUGGUAGAGCCAAAUUAAAGAAAGUAAUUUUGAUGAAUAUAUUUAUAUUUAUAUAUGGCAGAAGAAUAGUUAGUAAUGUUUAGACUUAUUGUAAUUGAAAUAUGAUAUAUUAUCUAUUAAUGCUGAGUUUUGAUUGGUAAGUAGGAUUCUAUGGGAUACGUGUUAUGUGAUCUAACGAGAGACGUGUCAUGUAUGACCUGUGAGGACAGAACACAUUGCUUUGAAACAUCUGACCUAGGACCAGUAUUACAUCUGUCAAUAUGUUAUGUGUGAUAUGUACCUUUGGAGAAUAGAGUCACUGAAGUGUAAUGUAAUGUAAUAUAACAUACCACUUGCAGUUAUAAUCUGCAUUACACUUACAUCUCAGCAUAAUCAUGACCUUCUCGUGUGAUCUCUUGUAUCUUCUGUCAUCAUGUUUCAUGUGCACUUAUGUGGGCCUUUCUGUCUGUUGUGUGAAAGGCAGUGAACUUCAUCAGAACAUCCAUACCCCUUUUGAGGCAAACGCAGCAUGUCCUCGCCACUUUUCACAAAUAAUAAUGCAAAAAAACCAGUGUAGAACUACCUGGACAAUCACAUUUCUCCAACACUUUCCAAGCCAAACCUAAAGCUUUGCAAACAACAAAACAAAAACAACAACAAAACAAAACAACAAACAUCCACUUGGUGCUACUUAAUUAUAAAACACAUAAUAAUAUAAAUGAUCAUCUCUGUUCUGUUCUCUGUUUGUCUGUGCAUGUUCUCAUUCAUACCAGUCCUGUUAUCCAAAUUGCUUACACUGUAAACUUCAAACACAAACUCCAAUUUCUCACAACUUAUCUCCCUCAGUCUGGUUUUGCUUCCGUUCUGAGGAACAUACCAACGUUUCUGGGGUUUUAUUUUUGUUCUAUGAUUUUGUUGGCAUUGCUACAAUCCCAUUGUUAUACAGAAUGUCAAUGUGUAUUGUUAAA